AUGGUUCAUACAGAGGUGUCUCUCUCAAGGCAUGCCUUAGUUCUCACGGGGCCUCAGAGCUGCCGUGGUUUAGUCUCAUUGAUUCAUCUCGGUUUUAUGUGCGGCAUUGUAUUUACUCAUCUCACAUAUGACAGCUUCAAGCAAUAUUACAUCUUCUAUCAGCUUCUAAAUUUCGCUCAGACACAAAAUCUAUGGCCUGUUGAGUUUAAUGCCUCGCGAGAGAGCGAUCAAGGUAUACUACGGGUGAACCCCAGCUCGAGUCUACCGAUUUUUCUCUCCUUGAGUGACUUUCAAAGAAAUCCGAAUGCUGAGACUCUGGAGCCUUUGUCAUCGUAG